UGGCGCAGACAAUCACAUGCUACUGUGUAAGUGAUUUGUAGCUAGCUAGUGUUUGUCCACACUCCAAUUAUAAUCAGUCGUUAGGCUUACUGACCUUUAGAAUUCACAUCAAAAGAUGAGAGGUGUCAGUAGAUUUGGAAAAGAGGAAAGGUGGCUGCACAAAGCUGCCACCAAUAAGACCAAACCACAGUGCUCAGAAAGCAAACAACGUUCAGGCUCUUGAUGUGGCUGUGCGCAGUCCAGAAACUACCUCCAAUCAAUGGUAGCCAUCCACUACCAUUUCAGAGAAAAAAAGUCAAGGUAGUCUGUGUGUCCUGGCCCAUGCCUUACGGUGCUCAGGCCAGCAGCAACAUUACAGAAUGACCAACCACCACAGGACUCUUACUCCCUCGGCAAAUGACGGACUUCCUAGCAGGAGAGAGUCUACGCUCUGCUCUACGCCCUUCGGCACUCGGACCAACGUGGUACAGUAUGACCAACCACCACAGGAUGCCAGGUCCUUCAGCUAAAGACAGACUUCCUAGCGGGAGAUGUGUAGGCACCCCCGCCCUGCUGCCUGGAUCCCAGCAGAUUGGGGAGAGGACCGUGACUGGUGUCUAUGUCCACCCCGGAAGUGGAGGGGUACACCCCCAAGAAUUUCUUGGGGGGGGCCUUGAGCCUGGGCCAAGGAAGACCGAAAUGCACCACAACAACCAGAAAGAGGGCAGUUGGGUGGACCCAUCGGGAUCUCCAGUGGGCAGAGCUGAAGCCCAUGUCCCUUCCCUUCAGUGGACUCACCAGCGAGACUGGAGGGGUCUGCCCAAAGCCCAGGAGGCAAACCGCCGCUGGGAUGCUCCUAGAGUGGCAGGCGAGUGGAGGACCGUUGGGGCAGGUAGCAUGUCUGGAACCGGGGUGGACGUGCACCCCCGCAUGUCCAUUGAGGCCCCGGACACGUACAAGGUGCCUGCGCAGACAGCGGGCACCAUGUCACAGCGCCUUAUAUGUUUGUGUGUGGGCGCUAUUGUUUGUGUUUACAACUUUUCUACAUCUACAGGCGUAACAUUGUUGGGGGCAUACCGGACUGCCCUGAGAGAGACAGAGAAGCUGCCUUUCUGCCAGGCGGCUGCUUGUGUGUACAUUUACACGGUGUCCUGAGACUCGCAUUCACUGGAAGGAUGCGUCGGGAACCGCGCCCCUUGGGAGGGGGUUCUCUAACAGAACGUUCGCCUCUCGCAAGUCACAUGGUUUGGCCCGCCACGUGCAGCGAGUGGAUCUUUGUUUGUAUCCACGCCUGCACACACCUGCACCUUGUUUGUCUUUGUGUAUUUAAACCUGCAUCAGUGUGUGCAGUGUCGUUGGUCAUCGUUGAUGUAGCAUGUUGUUCGUGAGUUAAUGUCUAAAUGUAACAUUCAUAACCGUGUUUGUCUAGCUUGUGUUAAUGUUAAAAAUUGUUAGUGUUAAG